AUGAGUGGGGCGGCUGGCCCAGGGGUCUUGCCGGGGCUGCGCGGGGGCGAGCUAGCGACGGAGAGGCCGGGCCGCUGCGUGGGGCCCAGCAGGUCCGGGCGCGGAGUCCGGCGGCCGCGGGAGAAGAGACGGGGUGCAGGGACGUCCCGAGGCCGUGGAGGGAGGCGCCGGGCGAGGUCCUCGGUGCGGGAGACGCGCUGUGUGAGUGCGGAAAGGCUGCAGGACUGUCGGCGGCCAUGGGGGAGAAGACCUGCAGCGGGGACAGCCCAGGCCGCCGGGGCGAACGAGGCUGCGGGGACACCUGGCACGGCAGGCUCGAUGGAGGCUGCAAGGGACCUUGGGACUGUGUGGGUGAACGGGGCAGUGGGGGAACCCGAGGUGGUGGGGUCUGUCGGCUCUGUGUGGGUGACUGGCACUGGGGAGGAGGAGGAGACGGCUCAUAGGAGCCCCAGAGGCUCUGCUGGGGCCUCUGGGCCACUGGUGGGUGAUGCCAGCUCUAGGGGUGGCUCAGGGGUAUGGGGAAGGAGACAGGCGGCUGAGGUGCCUGCUGCUGCCAGGGCUUCAGGACCUGGGGAUGGGGAGACUGACUCUGAAGGCGUCGCAGGCCUAUGGAGAAGGAGAGCUGACGGAGCUGUCCCUGGGGCUGUGAGGGUACCUCUGUCUUUGGGGGUGCUUGCAGCUGUAGGAGUUCCCACGGCGGGGCACCAGCCUGCCGCAGUGUGGGUGACUGGGUCUGCAGGAGAAGAACCCAGUGCGGCUGUCUCCAGCCUCACGGCGGGGAGGAGGCCAUCCGCAGAGGGCCUCGGGGCUCCGGGGCGGGAGACAGGAGGUAGAAGUGUCCUGGGGCUGCCGGGGGUGGUGUCCUACAGCUGUGGGCAUGGGACCAGGUUAUGGAGCUGCCCAAGGUCUGCGGGGGAAGAACUGGACUCUGAGAACGUGCCAGGGGUGUCCAGGACAGGCACGGCUGGGGGGGUGAAUGAAGCCGAGGAAGUGCCCCCGGUCUCAAGGGAGGAGACAGGCAUUGGCCACUUGAGAGAUCAUGCACAGCAGGGUGGGAGGAGACAGGCUGCAGGAGGGUCUAGAAUCAGAGGGAGGGGGAACAAUUUGGGAGAAAAUUGUGAGGGGGAGGACAGAUUGAGGGGUGCAUUCCAGUAG